CUUGUUUUCUCCUCACACCUCAACCAUUCAUCAAUCGAAGUCCUUUCUUUUUCGCUCUAAAAAAACUCCUUGUUUAUUUUCUCUAUCUUCCUGACAAUGGCACCAAAAGCUGAGAAAAAGCCCGCCGAGAAGAAACCAGCAGCAGAAAAAACCCCCGCCGCAGAGAAAGCUCCGAAGCCAAAGGCCGGCAAAAAACUACCGAAGGAUGGCGGAGCUGCCGCUGCCGGAGACAAGAAGAAGAAGAGAGCCAAAAAGUCGGUUGAAACUUACAAGAUCUACAUCUUCAAGGUGCUGAAACAAGUACAUCCUGAUAUAGGUAUUUCAAGUAAAGCUAUGGGUAUAAUGAACAGUUUCAUCAACGAUAUCUUCGAGAAGCUUGCUCAGGAAUCUUCUAGACUUGCUAGGUACAACAAGAAGCCGACUAUUACUUCUCGGGAAAUUCAGACUGCUGUGAGACUUGUACUUCCUGGUGAAUUGGCUAAGCACGCCGUUUCUGAAGGCACUAAGGCUGUUACUAAAUUCACUAGCUCUUGAAUGUUGGAUUAGGGUUUGGUUCUGUUUGUUUGGUCUUAUUAGGGUUCUGUCGAUGUAAAAAUAGUUUAAUUAGUUUGCUUUUAAGUAAAUCUAUUGUAAUCGACUGAGUUAUGAAUGGAAUUAAUCAGCUUUCUACAUUGA